UCGGAUGCAUCUGAAAGUUCUUCCCACAGGAUUUAGUGUUUCAAUACGUAGACCAAAAGGAAUAGUUUUCGGUUCCUUUAGUUAUUAAAGCAUGUUUAUGCGUUGUGGUACGGUUUAUUGUUCGUUUCUGUUGACUUUGGUUUUAUAUUAUUUAGCAAAAACUCGAGGAGAAGACAGUCACGAAAGAAUAAGCUCCAAUAGUACGGGAAACAAUGUGGUUGAGUUUCAAAUUAAGUAUGGUGAAGGAUUUCAAUAUCAAAAUUAUAGAGGCAACUCUCAGUAUUGGGUUGAUUCAAGCUGCUCCAUUGGUCCUGGAUGUUUAAUCACUUGUAAGAACAUGUUAGUAGAUAGCAUAAACGACAGGAUUCUUGCGUUUUUUCGGCAUCCUCCAUGUAAGGAAAUCGAUUUACUCGUCGAAAACCUUCUGCUCGAGGAUGGAAUCCUAUUUCCAGGAUGGCUAGAUCUAAGAGACGUCGUUGGUGUGACGACGCUAACGAUUAGGCAGUCCAAAAUCUCCGAAAUCGAACCUGGAUCCUUCGAGGUGGUAGCCUUACGUAAUACUACACAACUCACACUAGACAGCCUGGAAAUUUGGAGGCUGAAGCAGGAUGUCUUCACAGGAUUUGAGUGUUUAGAGGAGCUUAGCUUGAAAAAUCUAUCGCUCACUUUCGUUGAUCCUCAGGUGCUGGAUCCAGUGAAGUCUACAUUGCGUACGUUGCUGGUAGAAUCCAGCUUGCAAGGCAUAAGCCCUCGUGCAUUUACGGGAUCAGUGAUGCUGGAUCAAUUGCAAAAUGCGUUUCUAAGGUUCAACAAUUAUAGCAACGGUAUUGAAGACGACGCCUUUUGCAUGGCUCCUAUGCUGAAGAACCUCUAUUUGAGUGAUUCGGGACUUACUCAGCUGAGCAAGGGAUUGAUCGAUAACAUUGGCAGUGUUGUGGAACAAAUUCAUUUGCAGCGAAAUCUACUGAAGACAAUCGAAUUCGGCACUUUUGAAAGACUAAUCGACAGAGACGUGAAAAUUUAUUUGAACGGAAAUUUAUUCGAUUGUAGUUGCUCUUUAGUAUAUCUGCAAAACACGAUUCGUGACAAUGAGGGGUUGUUUGAUGAAAUUUUAUGCCACGAACCAGAUAAUUUUGCUGAUCAACUGGUAUCUGAAUCAGAAUUUUGUUUUCCAAUGCCUACAGACAGCACACCCGGUACAAGUGCCGGUACUACUACGGAAUUCGAUGAUACAACCACCACAGUAGAAACUGAUACAACAGAAACAUCUACCAUAGCGGAUACUACAGAGACAUCUACAUUGGAUAAUGCUUCAAAAUUACUUACAUUGCAGUGCGCAAAAGAGUUGUUUCUGAUAAACUCAAACGUUAUAUCGGUCAUCGGCUCAACGCAGGAUAUCACCCGCAGAUCUAAAAUAUUCGCCAUAACCGAAAUUGACGAAGGUGUCGUGGAAAUCAUCUUUGACAAGCGGUAUUGCGAUUCAACGAUUGUCUGGUUCUACGAUACUGCUAGUGACAGAACUCCGUUUAGCUGGAACAUCGAAGAGGCUGCCCUGUGUUUGGACAUCUACGAAAACGCCAUUCGGAUACCCAAUCUUCAUCCCGGUUUGAAUUACGUCUUCUGCGUGCUGCAUCCGCACGAGUCUUCGAUUUCUCCCUUCGAUUGUCUACCCCAUCAAAUGUUGCCGAUCAGGGGUCAUCGAACGUGGCUGGUGGCGAAUGAUAAGGUUAAAGUAAUCAGCCUCCUGAUAUCAUCGAUUUUGGUGGCCGUUAUGGUUGGGGUGCUCUUCACGUACUUCUGCUUGAAACGAUUCAUAACGCAUCAGAAAUCAUCCAAACAGGUUAUUACCGAGGUUACUAUUGAGAAUACUGCACCCACCCAGUACUACAUGACUCCUGUAGCACAUGAGAGUUUCUCGCGACAAAUUUUGAAUCCUACUUUCUUUUUUCCAGGAAAUUCUCCAUGCACAAACGCAGCGCCUCGGAAACCAGUCUGGAAAGCUGUCGCAGCUACGUUUCCGCCACCCAGUUCCGGUACAUCGCUUGGAAGCUCGGAGCGGCAAAUCAUAAGAGUACCACCUUCUCAAACUCGGGAGGUAUCGACAGUUUUCCGAGGGAACCACCGCCGCCUCCACUUCCGCCGCAUCCGUACAGCAGCAAACGGAACAGCGAGCAGCAAUCUACCACGAUCAAUGUUAACUUCCAGGAGCAUCAGAUUUACAGCGAGCCUUUCUACGUUGAAAGUUUGCCGCCAUUUUGUCAACGGUGCUCGGGGGUGUCUGCGAGCUGCUCUCAUGGCGUGGCGCCUUGAGCAACUGGAAUUUGCAUUGAUCUCAAAGUUUAUCUAUUGUUCAUUCAAAACAGCAACAUUUACGUAAAUUGAAAUUGAAAACUAUCGAAAUAGUACUACUGCAUUGUAUAAUUUUAAUUAGUCUGUUAAGCUACUUUAUGAAUAUUUGAAGAAUAAAUUUAAGAUAUCA